AUGGGGGCGCAUGGGCUCUUGGAGAAAUCUGCCUCAAGACCCUUAAUUGACUUCUUGGUGCGUCAGUGCACCCUGACCCUCGACAGCACGGAGGAAGCAGACGGGAGGCGCACCAUGGAGCUCGAGGUCCGCCAGCUCUGCUCCAGCACCCUGCAGUCCCUGGCUGACUCCCCCAGAAUGGCCAAUGUUUUAUGGCCUGGGCUGCUCCUUCAACUGAGCCCAGCAGCCCAUGGGCCAGCCCUGCCUCUCCUCCUGCAGACCUCGGUCGAGGUGGUAAAGAGGAUGCAGGAGGAAGGCAGGCUGCCCUUGGCCAGGAGGUGCGGCAAGGCGAACAGAGGGUGUCGGUCAAGCCCCAAGUCCACUCUACCCCAGGAGCUGCUGGCUCGGCUGCUGGUGCUCGGUGCGUCUUCGUUUAUGACGGUGCAGGUCAGAAGGGCAGCCAUGUUCCUCCUCUUCCAGCUCAUGAGCAUGUUCCAGGCCGGGUCGGGCCGGUUCUGGAAUAGCUACAAGACGGAAAUGCUCCUCUAUGUGGAAGAUCACAAGACCUGCUUCUGCCAGAGGGAGUGGGAGCAGCAGCUGCUGCAGUUCCUGGAAGACCUUCUCUUCUUCAUCUCGGACCACACCUGGCUGGGCUGUUUCAUCACUAGUAUCAGGCGCCAGCUGGCCUACGGUGAUAAGCGGCCCGGUGACAAGAGCUUUCUCUACAAGUGCUGGGGCACUGUGCUGAUGUUUUUUCCAGCAGAGAGCAUCAAGCCCCAGCUAUGGCUUCUGGUGGAGAUGGUCGAUUUCCGAGAAGAAGAGGAAAGAGAGGGAUUCGCCCGAGCGCUUGGGCUGUGUGCCAGGCAACAGCUAUAUGAGGUUUUCGCCAUCCUGGAGCACUGGGAAGAGUUUGUCAGCAGGGUGCAGCUCCAGCCUUCUGCUGGUGGCUCUCUGGAGUUGUAA